GUGUCAGGCGGCAGCGAGGGCGAGUGAUUCGUGGAGCUGAAGGCAUGGUUAAGCAGGUGCUGUACCGGGCACUGGUGUCCACCAAGUGGCUGGCAGAGUCAGUCCGGGCAGGCAAGGUGGGAUCCAGCCUACGGGUGCUGGACGGGUCAUGGUACUAUCCGGGCACGCGCGACGCCCGCAAAGAGUACCAGGAGCGCCAUGUGCCGGGCGCUUCCUUCUUCGAUAUCGAGGAAUGCCGGGACACCGAGUCGCCCUACCCAAUGAUGCUGCCCAGCCCAUCGGGCUUCGCCGACUAUGUGGGCCGCCUGGGCAUCAGCAACGACACACACGUGGUGGUGUAUGACGGCGACCACCUGGGUUCAUUCUAUGCUCCGCGGGUCUGGUGGAUGUUCCGCGUGUUUGGCCACCGCACUGUGUCUGUGCUCAACGGUGGCUUCCGGAAUUGGCUGAAGGAAGGCCACCCGGUGACGUCGGAGCCCACCCGGCCAGAGCCGGCGGUGUUCAAGGCCACCCUGGACCACUCCCUGCUUAAGACCUAUGAGCAGAUGCUGGAAAACCUGGAGACCAAGAGGUUCCAGAUGGUGGAUUCCAGGGCCCAACCCCGCUACCUGGGCAUUGAAGAUGUGGAGCUGACCGCAGCAGGCCUGCCCUUGGGCCACAUCCGUGGCUCACUCAACAUGCCCUUCAUGGAUUUCCUGACGGAAGAAGGCUUCGAGAAGAGCCCGGAAGAGCUCCGUGCCAUGUUCCAGACCAAGCACGUGGACCUCUCUCAGCCCCUUAUCGCCACCUGCCACAAGGGGGUCACUGCCUGCCACAUUGCCCUGGCUGCCUACCUGUGUGGCAAGCCUGACGUCGCUGUCUAUGAUGGCUCCUGGUCCGAAUGGUGCCUCCGGGCACCCCCAGAGACCCGGGUGUCACAGGGCACGGAUGGGAAGGCGUGAACCAGGAAUCCCUGCCCUGCUCACCAUAAUCCCGGCCAUUGUCACGACCCCCGCCUCACCUGCAGCUGGUCCAGACCUCCUAGACAAGGGAGAUCGAUGACAUCUUAGCAUUGUGGUGCCCAGCUUGCCCACUCCCCACCAACGCUGGAAUAAACAUGCCCUUUUCUGA